AUGGCCCAUGCAGUCCAGUCGGCCCUCUCCCUCCACCCAGAGUGGGUUGUGCUGGAACUGGAUGUUGCCAACGCCUUCAACUCCUUCAGCCGUUCCGCUAUGUUCAACGCCCUGCGAGACUCCCCGUUCUCCAGCCUCAUCCCUUUCUUCCGCCUCUUCUAUGCCUCCCCCUCUUCUCUCCAUUACCGCAGCGGCCCAUUAAUCGAGACACUGCAGUCAUCAUCGGGUGUUCGACAGGGUGACCCAUGCGGGCCUUUCUUGUUCGCCCUCACCCAGCACCUAGCCAUUCGCCCCAUCCAGCGUCAAUCUCCAGCUCUUUUCAUCACCUCCUACGCAGACGACACGUACAUGGUCGGUCCUGCGCAUGACGUGUUUCCUGCCUACACAGCGCUUACAGCUCGUCUCAAUGACCUGGGCCUGAGGGUGCAACCAUCAAAAUGCUCCCUCUGGGCCCCUUUGGACCUCCCUUCGGACCUCACACCUCCAUCAGACAUCAUCAUUGCCCCUAACGGUCUCACGGUUGCAGGAGUGCCUAUCGGAUCGGACACCCACAUUAUCUCCACAGUUCGAGACAAACUGCACUCUUUCUCUUCAUCACUGCCUCUCCUGCAUGACCUUCAUGAUCCACAGACUGCCUCCCGCCUCCUUACUCUCUGCAUUUCCGCCCGUCCCUCAUUCCUCCUCCGCACAGUUGCACCAUUUCCCGAGGUAGAAGAGCUUUACACUGACUGGGACAACACCUUGCUGGACCACUUUGUUCGCCUCAUCGGCUCUGACUACUGGCCUCCUGCGUUUGACCACACUGCCACAGCACACCGACAGCCAUUCCUUCCCAUUCGCCUCGGUGGGUUCGGCCUCCGUUCUUCAGCUGCAACUGCUUCUCUCAGUUACCUGUGCAGCUGGGCACAGACAGUUUCACUCCUCUCGUCAUGCUUCACCAUUCAUGGCUCCCCUAUUUUCCGUCCCUUCAUCGCUUCAGGCACCAUGGACCGCCUUGACCCAUGCAUUCCCACAGCCAUGUCCAAACUUCAUCCUUCCAUUCGGCAGCACUUCCCUACCUGGCCCGCACUUCACGCUGGCUAUCCACAGAAGCUAUAUUCCUACCUUUCACAGCACUUGGAGGCUGUCAUGCUCGAGCGCGUGCGAUCCACAACCCUUCAGUCGUCUCUCACGUCCUCCGCUGCCCAUCCUCUAACGAGCCUACCAGGGUCCACGACGCCAUCAAGCAUGAGGUUCAUCGCAUCACGUCCGAGCUUGGUUAUGUCGUACAGCUGGAGGACUCCCACCUUCUUUCAGGACGUCGCCCAGACAUCAGCUGCCGUGACAUCAGCUCUGGGACUACGUGGGCAUUAG